AUGAAAUCUUUACUAAUUGUUAACAGUCCUUUCUUCUUGCAUUUCAGCUUGAAAACUGGAUUCUUAAAGUGGAAACCAGAUUAUGACAGUGCAGCUACCGAAUAUGGGAAGGCAGCUGUUGCUUUUAAGAAUGCCAAGCAGUUUGACCAGGCAAGGGAAGCCUGUUUACGGGAAGCUGAGGCACAUGAAAACAAUAAAGCUCUCUUCCAUGCUGCCAAAGCUUAUGAACAAGCUGGCAUGAUGCUAAAGGAGAUGCAGAGACUCCCUGAAGCAGUUCAGCUGAUCGAGAAAGCCAGUAUGAUGUACCUGGAGAAUGGGACACCAGAUACAGCAGCUAUUGCACUGGAACGGGCUGGAAAGUUAAUAGAAAACGUGAGCCCAGAGAAGGCUGUGCAGCUCUAUCAGCAAGCAGCGUCAGUGUUUGAAAAUGAAGAACGUUUACGGCAAGCAUUAGAAAUGCUAGGGAAGGCAUCAAGACUUUUAGUCAGAGGACGCAGAUUAGACGAGGCUGCAUUGUCUCUUCAAAAGGAAAAAAGUAUUUAUAAGGAAAUAGAAAAUUACCCAACAUGCUAUAAGAAAACUAUUGCUCAAGUCUUAGUUCAUCUUCACAGAAAUGAUUAUGUUGCCGCAGAAAGAUGUGUGAGGGAAAGCUAUAGUAUACCAGGAUUUAAUGGAAGUGAAGACUGUGCAGCACUAGAGCAACUUUUAGAAGGGUAUGACCAGCAAGAUCAGGAUCAAGUUUCUGAAGUCUGUAAUUUGCCACUCUUCAAAUACAUGGACAAUGAUUAUGCCAAGCUUGGUCUUACCUUGGUGGUCCCAGGAGGUGGAAUCAAGAAGAAAUCGCCAAACGCUGCACAAGACAAAGCAAGAGGACCAGCCGCAGUGGGCUCUCAUGCUGAUGAGGAAGAGGAUGAAUAUUCUGGUGGACUGUGCUAGCUGCAGACAUAGGUUGUCUUAAAUAUCUGAUUUAUUUGUGAUGUUGAGCAUAUCCAAAGGUACCAGAUUUACCAGAGCUUCAUUGCAAUUGUGAUAUGGGAAUGCUAAUAGUAACUUGGCAGCUUCUGGGUACAAUACAAGAGAAAAAGCAUGAUUGUACCUAUCAUCUUGAAACAUCUUUGGACUUAGUUUCUUACCUGGUAGGAGCUUCCUCAGGGCCCUGCCUUUAGUUGACGGGGAAAAA